UCUGGAUAUAAAGUUAUCAUUUUUUGCCAUCUUUUAUACUUCUCCAAUGCAAUGAGCAAUUAUUGAUUGAUUAACAUUGCAGCAGAACACAUAUUAUUGAUAUUAUUGGGGUGCUGAUUAUAAGGAUACUUUUGGUGACUUAAACAAUUAUAUUAUUAUGUGUAAUUCCUGAAAGAAAUAUUGACUCCAACUUCUAAUGCUCUCAUUCACACCAUCACUGUUUAACUGAUUGUAUCAAUAUGGAAGCAAUUGUACGGAGAUUUAUUGUAAAUGGAAAUUUCAAAUGAUCAGCAUGUAUUUAUGAACUGACCCCGAUCAAGAUACAUAUAAAUCAGUUCACGGUCUCUUCUUGAUGAGGGUUGACUGGUGCUUUUGUUUUUUUUUCUCUAAUCUUAAAGUGUUGUCUCAACGUCAGGUAACAAUAUGCAAAAGCUUUUAAUAAUUUAUUGAAUACAAUAAUUCUUUUGCUAAAUUGGAACAGUCAACUUUUUCUGUUAUUUCUUUUUUAUUCAAUAAUUCAUCUUUAUCUUUUUGACCAUAAAAACAGGUUCGACAGGGUGUAAAUGACAACAAAACUAUAGCCACAACUGGUUGCGUUAAUUUACUUGGCCGGUGUCUCUCAUAAUAUGUUUUUAUGCCGUUACAACAACUUAUUAUCUAGGAAUUUGUGUGGGUUUUUCACUAAAAAGUAUCGAGUAAGCAUUGGAGGACAUCUAUUUAGUAUUUAGGAUAUUUUAUCACACUCAAAAUCUUAAGAAAUAUGCUUCCUUUUAAGCAUUGACACACUGACUCAGUUACCUCCAUUACUUUUUUGUUUUUUUUUUCUUUUAACAGAGAAAAAUCUUUUUUAUCAAAACGUCAAGAAUGUUAUUCUUUAAUCCUUAGAUAUUUACAUGAUACAAGGUGCUUUAUGAUUUAUUUGAUUGUGACGAUACCUAGGCUCAAAUUAUGGCAGGUUAAACUUGUGAGUGACAAUCUUUGCCUUCAUCAAAUCAUGAUAACAAAGACGAAAAAACACACAACAUACGUUUUGCAGUAUAAUGACUCUAGGUAAUAGAUGGAUUUUGGAUUAUUGCCAACUACCGAUGUUUUGUUUCAUUCAAUGAAAUCAGUUCAACGUUGAAUAAAUAUUGAAAGGAUGAAAAAGAAAAAAAAAGCACGUGAAUACAAGUAAUGAAGUAGAAAGUUGAAAAUUAACAGGAAGUAUAGAUAAGUGUAAAGAAGCUUUGUUCAUUUAGUGAUGCUUUUGACACUCUAAUGUCUAGUACAUCUUUAAGUACUUAGACGUCUGUUUAAUUUUCAGAGUCACGCGGAGUAGUCACAUGGACGUGAAUGACCGCAUACGAAUGCACCUUUGAACUCUCCAGAUUAUUAAGUGAAAUUGUUUAGAGACAACAAAUUCAUCAAGAUUUUAAAAUACGUAUUUACUGUACAAAUUAAUUUAAGAGGUAGAGACAGUAAUUGAAGUUUCUAGAAAAAAAAACUGAAGCAUUGUAGUCAUGAAGACAACAUUUAUGACCAUAGUAACAUAUGAAGAUAAUUAAAAAAACUAAUACGUCAUUGCGAUAGUCGUUUUUGCACUGUAUCGUUUGGUUGAGUUGUGACAAUCGCGAUUAGCUGCAACGAGUAUACUUAACAAUUUUAUGCUGUAUCAAAGUGUCACUUUCACUUUUGUUGAGAGACUUAUUAUCAUAUGUAAAAAGAUUUGCACGUUGAAUUGUCGAGGACUUGGAUAUUUCGACAGAAUGUGUGCAUAUCACAACCGAUAGAGUGCCAAGACUGGACGAUUAAUCAAGAAUUAAGAUACCCUUGAGAUAAUUAAUGGAAAUUAAGGAAAAGAUCAUGAAGUAUAUAUUGGAUAAAAAUUCAAAACCGGAACCAAACGACCCCGAGAUGGACAAUGACCUCGGAUGGAUUCGAGGGUUGACCUCGGGAUCAAGUUCUCCAGUACCUUUAAAGGAGUAAAGAGACAUGUCUCCAGCAAGAGUAAGUGAGAAAGAAAAGAGAGUGGCUGCAAAGUAACUACAGAUCAGUUACUAACAGAGUUUAGUUCGCGAUUGGCCAGCAUCCAGUAAAGGACUGUGGCAGAAUUCGUGCUAAUUCCUUGUGCAAAGUCUCUCAAGUAUACUUAUUUGAUGAAAAUUGAUUAUCACGAGUAUCACAACAGAUUAACUGUUGAUAGAAGCAAUUGAAAAUCAGGAAGACAUUAAGACCACGUAAUUCUAACAAGAAAGUCAUCCUGACUGCGAUUCUUCUUCGUAUUUACGAGUGAUUAGUCUGUUUUUCGCCAAGAAUCAUCAUUUUCCCCUCCAGGCAACUAACGAGGAGCUUCUUCAUCAAGUACUUCUGUUGACUCAAGAAGAGGGGGUGGUAUCAAAGUAUUAACGAAGAGAGGGAAAAAGACACGCGGACUCUGAAAACUGAAUAAGUCUCUUCGGUAGUAUAACUUGCGGUACGGUGCGAGCAACCAAUCGAACUCUGCAAACACAACCGAUCCAAAGUCCGUUGCUUGUUCAGUUGUCUUCGAACCCUCGAUCACUACGGACGGUUUACAGAUUUUUUUAUAUAUAUAUUUAUCGGUGAAUUGUUGAAAAAACAAAAAUUUAUUUUUCAAUUUUUAAAAGUAUUUUUAUCGUGAAUAAGAAGUUGACAACGACUAUUGCAUCUCAUCACAAGGAACUCUGAAGUGAAGGAAGUUGUAAUCUUAAGUUGAAGAUAUUUGGACGUUAAAACAAAACUGUCAUUGGUAUUCUUGGUUAUUUUCUAAAAUAUUCUCAAUUUACUUUAUCCAUGUCUAUGUGAACGUCAAGUCAUAUCUUUCAGUACCUGGUAGCCUAUACGGAGAAUGGUGGCAUCGCAGAACGACGGGGAUAGAAGUGGAGGUGGUGAUAAUACCUUGGGAAAUGGUGAGCACGAGACAGCAGUUUACACAGUAUCAGUAAGUGGAGUUGGAUACAGAAAUGAAGGAUACAAAGAAGAUGGAGCUGAUGGUAUUCCCCCAGAACCAACAAAACCACCAGCUUUACCUGCGCCAGAAGAUGACACACAAUCUAGAAAAUUUAAAUUAUCACGUAGCGAGAAGUGGAGAAUACUUAAAAAUAUUGGAACAGUAUCGAUAGCCUUCAUGGUCCAAUUCACAGCCUUUCAAGGCACAGCUAAUCUCCAGUCAUCAAUAAAUGCUCAUGACGGUCUCGGAACUGUAUCAUUAUCAGCUAUUUAUGCAGCACUAGUAUUGUCUUGUAUUUUUGUUCCUACAUUUCUUAUCAAGAGGUUAACAGUCAAGUGGACAUUGUGCUUAUCCAUGUUAUGCUACGCUCCGUAUAUCGGAUCCCAGUUUUAUCCUAGAUUUUAUACUUUGGUACCUGCUGGAGUACUUCUGGGUCUUGGUGCAGCGCCUAUGUGGGCUGCUAAAGCCACUUAUCUUACACAAGUUGGUGGAGUUUACGCCAAACUCACUGAUCAACCAGCAGAUGCUAUUGUUGUUCGGUUCUUUGGAUUUUUCUUCCUUGCUUGGCAAACAGCUGAACUUUGGGGCAAUCUUAUUUCUUCUCUGGUACUCAGUGAAGGUGAAUUUGGUGGUGAUGAUGGUGGUAAUUCAACAACUCUAAAAAAAAUCAGCAACUGUGGCGCCAAUUUCUGUGUUAUUGGUGGUGGUGCUGAUGAUCCACUGAAAAGGCCACCAGACUCAGAAAUUUAUGAAAUAUCAGCUAUUUAUUUGACUUGUGUUAUUGUUGCCGUUAUUAUUGUUGCUCUUUUCGUCGAUCCUUUAUCAAGGUACGGAGAGAAGCAACGGCGAGCUGAUAGCCAAGAAAUAAGUGGUAUUCAGCUACUAUCUGCUACAGCAUAUCAGCUUAAAAAACGUAACCAGCAGCUACUUAUACCAAUAACAGUAUGGAUUGGAAUGGAGCAAGCAUUCAUUGGUGCAGAUUUUACUCAGGCCUACAUAUCAUGUGCAUUAGGAGUUCAAAAGGUUGGCUACGUAAUGAUCUGUUUUGGAGUAGUCAAUGCUGGAUGCUCAUUACUCUUUGGUUCAGUAAUGAAGUUUGUGGGUAGACAACCUCUAAUGGCACUUGGAGCUAUUGUUCAUGCUGCCCUCAUAGGUGUUCUUCUUGUAUGGAAGCCACAUCCAGAAAACGCUUAUGUUUUCUUCACAGUCUCUGGCCUUUGGGGAGUUGGAGAUGCUGUUUGGCAGACUCAAGUCAACGGUCUUUAUGGUACACUCUUCAGGCGUAAUAAAGAAGCAGCUUUUUCAAAUUAUCGUUUAUGGGAAAGUGCAGGAUUUGUAGUUGCUUAUGCAUACAGUACACAUUUAUGUGCAAGGAUGAAGCUCUAUGUAAUGUUAACAGUAUUAAUUAUUGGUACUGUAGGAUACAUAAUUGUGGAAAUCCUUCAUAGGCGUAAACAAAAAAGGCUCAAGGCAUUGGCAGAAGAUCCUAAAGCAGCUCAGGCAGCUGCUGAAGCUAAUCAGCCAGAAGAAACAGAUGACGAGAAGGAUGAUAUUGAUGACGAUAUAAUUAUCACUCAUUUGUAAUAAUAUAAUGUUAUUCAUUAUAGAGUUUUUAAUUAAUUGCUUCAUAAAAAAUCUUUCAAGCUCGCUCGUCGACUUGCAUUUAUUAAAAAAGGAAACUCAGAAGACAAGUAUUUUCCAUAAAUUCCAAAUAUUAAUCACGUCAGAGAGGUCCUUGGCAGGACGACGAUCGAUUGAAAAAGCUUGAAAGCCUUAUUGGGUUUGUCCUUGUACAGAGAAAAGAAUGAAAGAAUGGAUAAGAAAAAUCAAGAAUUGAAGAACUGAUAAAGAAGUAAUUUUUGGUAUAAUUUUUAAUUUAUUUAUAAUUACUUCAACGCCUAAAAUAGAAUGUGAGGAAUAAAUUUAUGCUACAUGGAAUAAUGAGUAGUGAAGUCAUCAAAAUUAUUCAAUAGAAGUUUUUAAGUAAAAGGGAAAAAAGGCUCAGGAUAUGAGAUUAUUAAGAAAUAUUAAUUUAAAAGUAUGAUUUAGACCACAAGUGUAAUUGCAAGAAACGAUCAAAGUUUAAAAAUAUUACUUCACAGUGAAUGCGAAACAGUAUUUCUUAAACGGUCGUCUCGUGAGAGACAAGAAGAAUAUAUAGUGAUAGAGAAGAUGUGUCUUUCAUUUUUCCCCUUCUGUUGUAUCUCUCACGUUUCGAUCGCUCAAGAAUUCUCCGUAAUGUAGAUAGUAAUAGAUAAAAAUAUAAUGAUAUUUUUCCUUGUCUUUCUGUGAGUAACCUUGCAAACUCCUGUCAAGUGUAAACGUAUCGAUAAAAAGAUAUCAAUGUUUAUAAACAGGAAAGUACAGGUAAACGAGAGAAAGAGAAGAAAAUGGAUAUAAAAAUUGUCAGUCAGUAACUCAAUUAAUUUAUUCGACCUUGAUCAAGUGAGAAUGCUUUGAUGAGCGAAGAAAUGUUUCUUCUACCCUGAUUCUAGAGGCGCCAAUCUAUGAUCUACGAUACUGAUCUCGUUUGGCCUCAGUGCAAUACAAGAAUGUUGAUCAGACAUUCUCCAGAGCCUUUGAUGUUUUUUUUCACUAUUCCUCUCUCUUCUAUGAACUUUACUGCCUGUCUUUUUCUCCCCUUAAGCAAGAACAAGUAAAAACCUGGACAGGAAACCAGUAGAAGAACCUGUACACGCAAGACACGCCUCACUAUACUAUGUCUAUUUAUACCUACGUGCGUGCUUAAUACUAAUGAAACUUCCCGUAAGAGUAAACGAUUUUUUCGAAAAUUUUAUAAAUUACUAUUAUACCUGAUCUAAUUUUAUGCCGGUGUGUUGCAAUAAAAAAGAUCUUGAUGGAAUAAGUUGGUGAAAAACCGCUUUGUGAUAAUUAAUUAAAAUUAAUCAAAGAUGACAUUAAGUUUAAAUUAAAAAAAAA